AUGUUCGCCGGCCUGCCCGAGCUCGGUAUCGCCAACGGCGACGACCUGAAGGAGACUCUGACCAACUGCACGGAGCCGCUCAAAGCCAUCGAUCAGUUCCAGAUGGAGAACGGCAUCCUGCUGCCCACGCUGCAGUCUGCUCUGCCCUUCCUGGACCUCCACGGCACCCCGCGGCUGGAGUUCCACCAGUCCGUCUUCGACGAGCUCCGGGAGAAGCUGAUGGAGCAGGUGGCCGUGAUCGCAGAGGGCAAGGAGGACGACAGGUAUGGAAAGCUUGAGGAGCUGCUGGAGAAGAGCUUCCCUCUGGUGAAAAUGCCUUCCAUUCAGCCAGUGGUGAUGCAGGUGCUGAAGCAUCUCCCCAAGGUACCAGAGAAGAAGCUGAAGAUGGUGAUGGCUGACAAAGAGCUCUACAAGGUGUGUGCUGUCGAGGUGAAAAGGCAGAUCUGGCAGGACAACCAGGCUCUGUUUGGGGACGAGGUGUCCCCCCUACUGAAGCAGUACAUCGUGGAGAAGGAAGCGGCUCUUUUCAGCAGCGACCUCUCCAUCCUCCACAACUUCUUUAGCCCAACACCGAAAACGCGGCGCCAGGGCGAGGUGGUGCUAAAGCUGACCCAGAUGAUCGGGAAGAACGUGAAGCUGUACGACAUGGUGCUGCAGUUCCUGCGAACGCUCUUCCUGCGAACGCGAAACGUCCACUACUGCACGCUGAGAGCAGAGCUGCUGAUGUCUCUGCACGACCUGGACAUCAGCGAGAUCUGCUCCGUGGACCCCUGCCACAAGUUCACUUGGUGUUUGGACGCCUGCAUCCGGGAGAAGUUUGUGGACGGCAAGCGUGCCAGAGAGCUUCAAGGCUUCCUGGACGGUGUGAAGAAGGGACAGGAGCAGGUCCUCGGAGAUUUGUCAAUGAUCCUGUGUGACCCGUUUGCCUGCAACACCCUGGUCCUGAGCAUAAUAAGGAACAUACAGGAACUCCUGAGUCAAGACGCUUUACCAAGAGACAGCCCAGACCUGCUGCUGCUGCUGAGGAUGCUGUCUCUGGGUCAGGGAGCAUGGGACAUGAUUGACAGCCAGGUCUUUAAAGAGCCCCGACUGGAUUUGGAGGUGGUGACCCGCUUCCUGCCUGCAAUGAUGUCUGUGGUUGUGGAUGAUCACACCUUCACUGUAGAGCAGAAGCUUCCCAGCGAAGAGAAAAGCUCUGUGACUUAUCCCAGCACCCUGCCAGACGCGUUCACCAGAUACCUGCAGGACAACAGAGUGGCCUGUGAAAUGGGGCUGUACUACGUUCUGCACAUCGCCAAACUGAGGAAUAAGAACGCUCUGCAGAGGCUACUUCCUGCUCUGGUGGAGACCUACAAUGACAUGGCUUUCGGGGACAUCUUCCUCCACCUGCUGACUGGACACCUCACCCUGCUCUCUGAUGAGUUUGGAUCCGAGGAGUUUUGCACUGUUGUCUUUGAUAGUUUCCUGCUGACGUCAUUCUCCAGCAAAGAAAACGUCCACAGACACAUUCUCCGCCUGCUGCUGCAUCUCCACCACAAGGUGCUGCCUUCAUGUCUGGAAACGCUGAUGCAAACCCUCGAGCCUCUGAAACAGUGCAGCGAGCCGCUGAAGGAGCUGCACAGCCAGCUGACGGAGAAGCUGGAGGCCCAGAAGAAGAGCCCGGCACCAGCGGACGAGCCUUCAUCUCUGGACCUGGGGCUGCAUCCUGUGACGGUGCCCACCACCACCACCACCACCUCUGCUCCCAGCACCCCUCUCUGAGAGCGGCUCUGAGCUCAGUCUCAGCGAAGGCGUACUGGUACUGGUUGACAACAAGACUGCACCGUUUCCAUUACUGUGUGCUGGACGAGUCUUUCUCUCAGUGAGCCUCUGUAGAUGUUGGUGCUACUCCAGCAUCAGGAUGCAGCAUCCCAGUCUUUUCCUGCAGGAUUUCUCUUUUCUACAAUUUAUCUUCUUGCAUUUUUUUUUUUGUCUAAACAGUAUUUUCAUACGUAGCUGUUGUCUGUGUGAAACAUUGGUGUAAAUAAACAGUUAUUUACAAAACUA